UCUCUUCUCCAUCUCCUCCUAUAAAAACCCUUUCACUUCUUCAUGCUGUCAUCCCAUGCCCUCCAAACCCUUUGCAUUAUCAGUACAAGAUAUCCUUCAAGUACUGAAUUGGUUAUAAAGCCUAGCUAGCUACCCUUAAAAACUCAGAGCCAUGCUUUCUGAGAUUUCAGGAAUUCACUACCUGACUACACCUGAAUUCCAGCUUCCAAAUCCUGCAAACUUUGGCAAUAUAAUCAUGCAGGACAACUUACCAAACUCCUUCCAUUUCAAUGAAGCAUCAGUCUACAGCAACUUAUUCCAAACUCAAAUUCCUCCUCCUGGGCAUGAUCAAUUGUUCGCUACUCCGAUGCAGUCCUCGAGUCUCAGCAACAACUCCAGUACCUCCGAUGAAGCCGAAGAACAAGUGCAGCAGCUGAGCAACAUCAUUGAUCAAAGGAAGCAGCGGAGAAUGAUAUCAAACAGAGAAUCGGCUCGCAGAUCACGGAUGCGGAAGCAGAAACACUUGGAUGAGCUCUGGUCGCAGGUGCUUCGGCUUAGAACCGAAAACCACAGCUUGAUAGACAGAUUGAACCAUGUGUCCGAGAGCCAUGACAAGGUUCUUGAGGAGAAUGCAAAGCUCAAGGAAGAAGCAUCGGAUCUUCGACAAAUGCUCACCGAGAUCCAGAUCAGCACGGCCUUGAGAUCGACAGAGCUGGAAGUAGAUGUGCCCUGCAGCACAACUUCAAGCACCGACUUGCUCCAUUGAGAUGAGAUCAUUGAUAUCACUGUUCUAGCUAAGCUCUCCAUUAUAACUACUAGCAGCUACUAGCUAGCUAGUGUUCCUUUUAUUUACUAUAUAUAAUUGCUAAUCCUACGUUUU